CACACACACACACACACACACACACACACACAUUUAUAAAAUAGGCUAUUAGUCUAUCAUAUUCUAUAUUUCGUUGUUUAUUGUAUUUAUUUAUUUAUUUUUGUACUGUCACAAUGGAAAACUGUAAAUGAUAACUGCCAUGCCGAUCUCCUGCUUAUAAUAUUUACGAGUUUUCCAGUUUUUGCGAGCGAUGACAACUGAUUAUAUGGUUGUCUUGUAGCUGGUCUUGUAAACUUGGCUGUUUUCACCUGUGUAUGGACAAGGUGUGUAGGUUAUUCGUGUAUCUUGAACAAGAUCCGUCUUCCGCGCGCUUGUUUACCAAACGCGCAUGUCGUGGUCGGCCACUGCGCGCCCAAAUAACAUUAAAGCAUGUGUCUGUCAUGACACGUAAACCCACUAUUCGUUGAGUGUGUUUUCAAACUGUCAUAACAAGUAAUAUUCUGACAAACUACUUCCAGAGACUUUUAUGGAUUACAAGUUGAGAAAUAUAAUCAAUGCGAGGCGAAUGACAAGCUACUUGUUAAAAUGAUGAAAAAUAAUAGGCCUAAUAAUUUCUUAUUCAUUUAUUUAUUUUAUUAUUGUGCGAAUAUGAUGAAUGUACAAAUAUUUCAGUUGACCUUCAAUAUUUCUUAACACUUAAAAUAGUGCUAUUGUAAACAGUAAUAACAAAUAUUGCACUGAAAUGCAAACAGAAACAAAUUAUACUCACUUUGUUUUACAUUAAGAAUGUAUUGAAAAUGAGUAAUCAUCUCCGGUGCACAUCAGGAGCCCAUUUUAUUUGCAAGUGUUGAAUUCAAAGCCUCAGAAAAGCAGCUACCGAAAAUGUACUAAAUGAAAGGGGGCUCGGCGCAAGGAAGAAAGUGCAUCUUUGUUUGCCCCUCUUUGUUUACCGUUGGAUUUUUUUCAUUUUACUAAUUCAUUUCAAUGGCUUUCAAACUGGAAAAUGGAAAUGUUGCUCUUGCCCUCUAUUUCAGCAGCCGCGUCCUGGCAACAGAGCAAUUUUCUAUCAUCAGGGAUAAACGGCAUCGAACAGUACAUUCGGAUAAAAAAGCCUGUGAUUGCUGGCCUUCCUGUCUGUCAUCUCUCUAGAAAAUCCUCUCCCCCAGACCUGAGCCGUGUGCUGUCAGAGCUAAUAAUGUCUUCUAUUAAGUCGAAAAAGAACCCCGAGAAAUCCCACUGUUCUCAAUUGUGCAACAUUCUCAAAAGAUAAAAGAUAUUUCAGCCGAGCCUCCUUCAUUUCGAUGAACUGAAAAUUAAUGCUCAUAAGAGGCGACGUGCGCUUCUGUUUUGCCUGUAAUUUUGCAUUGAACAUUUAAGUAUCCUGACUGUGUACUACACAGUCCUAUUUUCUUAUCUAAUAUCCAGAGAGAAACAAACUUCUUUGUGGCACAUUGGGAUGAAAAAUCCAAUGCAGUAUGCCAUAUAAUGCACAGAGGCGCAAAGCUAAUGCUAUCUGGGACAUAAGGCCUCGCUCGUCAUAAGAUGUGGCCAUCAAAAAUGGACCGUUAUGUUAUGAUCUUUAGGCAGUGGUCACCAAACCACCAAACCGUGACCACUUUUAGUGUAAGGUUACCUUAAUCAACACAGCAGUCAAUCAGGAGUGGCUCUCAGCAAGAGGAUGAUGCGAGAAUUAACAGCUCAAAAAACACAAUACGCCUUAUAUUUAAUAGCCUCUUGCUUUAGGCUAUUCAUAUACAGUUCUUGUAUUUUUUUAUUAAUUAAAUGUUUGCCCUUUAUCAAUCUAAAUGUAUAAUCGAAUUGAUGGCUAUAUUUAACAGGUAGCCGAUUUGGCCUACAUAUUUUUGUCUCUUUUUUGUUCGUCUUUAUUUUUCUAACACCGGCUUCCAAUCAUCCGAAUAAGUUUACCGACUUCGUUAAAUAUUUAGAGAAAAGUCCUGAAAUAAAAGACAUGAUUUAAUAUGAGCCUUAAUGGCGGGGAGGGGUCUGGUGGUAUUUGGUCUAUACUCUCUUGAUUUCUAUUGUAGUGAUCUCGCGCAGAAUACCGACAACCGCGCGUGCUCUCCGUCUGUUUUCGCCAUGCCUCGCCACUUCCUCUGCUCAGCAGUCAUGGAAAUCCGUCGACGCCUGCGAGUCUGUGUACAGCUGUUGGGUUUGAGUUCGGGAGAGAGCAGACCCGUUCAGCCGCCUCUGCUGGACUGACAAGUCUCUCCAUCCGAGCCGGUCAAAUAAGCCUAUGUCUGUUCGGACGGACGACAACGAGAUCUUGCGCGCUUCCGGAAUGAAGAAGAUUCCAUUUCAAACUUUUGUGUUAAAGCUCAGAUAAGGCUGGAUGGAUGCACUCGAGCGCCGGCGUGUCCACACAGAUCCUCUCUCUUUCUCUUUCUUUUUAGCAGAUUUGUAAUAUGAUGCUUAUGGGUUAAAUGCAUGCUUUGGUAUUAUUAUUUUCUCAACCACAACAACAAUAAUAAUACUAAUGCAACAAAGUUAACAAUCACUUUAAAAAGUCACUUUUUUUAAAAACAUAUUUAAAAAAUUACAUUUAAAAUUUUGCUAUAGGCCUAAGAGUUCGAUUUCGCAUUUAUAAUACAGAAAUUAAACAUUUUAAAUUAAAAUAUAUUAUUGUGCAGGUUUUGUGUCCAGCUAAAUAUUGUUGCGUAAAUUUUAAGUUGUAGCAAAACGGUUAAGGUGUUCUCAAACUCAAAUAUUUUCACUAUUUUCUUUUAUAUUUUCAUUUUUCUAUUUCUGCGCAAUUUUACAUUUUCCUGCUUACAUAGCUGGAAUGCAAUUUCUUUCCUACACAACGCCCUUUACCAUAGUGCAGGAGCACGUAAAUAAAUCCUUACGAGUUUUAAUUGAUAUAAGCAGACUUUGUACAAUAGGCUAUAUACGCGGAAACAUUCUAUUGCAGAAUUUUGUCCAUUUGCAGUUUAAAAGAUCAGUCCCUGGCUAAUAGAGCCUUUCUAGAUUCCUCAGUUGUCAAAGAUAAACUGUCAACGCAGGUAAAGGGAGCCAUUUUAAAGGUACCAAACCAUGAAGUCUCGAUCAAUUAAGCACUUAAAAUACUUGCAACAAAGCAUAAUUGCAAGAUUUGUUUGUACCAUGCCAAGGAUAUAUGUCUCUGCUUUCGCUCUCACAUGCUUGACAAACAUUUUCACACUGGUCAUACAACAGCAAUAUUUAAUCAAAUUCCUGAUGACAACCGUUAAAUCAUUUGACAGUUGCAUUUAAGCAAAUUAUGUCAGAUAUUUAGAAUGUUCAGAAGAAACAAAAACAUGCACAUGCGAGUAAAUAUUAAAUUGUUCAAACGAAUGAUCUAAUGUUCCACGUUUCCUCUUACCUGGCACAAUUCCUUUUGAACUCUAAAUAUAUGAUAUCUUGACUAAAAGAAGAAAUCCAGAAGCUUUCAGAGCGACCAGCUGCCUUUCUGUCUCUCCCAAGUUCAGUCCAGCAUGGAAAAUGGUUAUCUACGCCGCUUGUGCGUUCUUAAAUCCGGCAAAGUAAAUAACAUCCCUGGUAAUAAUAGCAAGGUACGAAGUUCUUAUUACAGAAAGGGAGAAAAUUGAAACUAAAUGCUGCAUUUAGGGCUACAAUUUUUGAUAAGAGGAUAAUUGAGGCGACACUGGUGUAUAAUUAGCGGAUAAUUUAUGCUAUAUCCACUUUUAAUCCACCUCCCAAAUAAACAAGGUCCAUAAUCAUUACAGACGAAUUGUUCUUAAUUUUAUAGCGCCAGUCUGAAUACAGUGCAACGGAUAAUCACAGAAGAUUGGGAUAUAACUGAUUGCGACCAUAAUUGCCUUUUCAUUACCCUUUAAAGUAAAUUUAUUGCAUAUCAUGAGGAAACUCGUUGUCUAUAAAAUAAAAAUUGAGUGAGAUGAGAAUGAAGAAAGCUUUGCAUGCCGUAGGGUAUAUUUACAUCGUGGUUUAUAAUGUGAUCGCCAUUUGCCAAGCCACAAACUGUACUCGUAAUUUGCAUAUAUUUUCAUCUGUGACUGGCUCGUGAUUACUACGAGGAAAGGCUGUCACUAACCCGGGCCUUUUCAGUGACUACCAUAUCUGGCGCGUUUAGUAGUUACGUGAAUCCUCUCUGAAGACGUUUAAACCUACGCUUUUUCUAUUUUGAUAUCGCGCAUUUUCACCUAAUGUAUAUUUUCUAUAGCUAGCUACUGUAAAUCACUGUGUCGUUUUAUUUGUGUUGUGUUAUUAUUUUACUAUUGUAGAUUCUGCUGUUUUGUAAAUGCAUUUAGAGAUUAAGGUUCAUAUAAAAGUCACUUUGUAGUUGCACACAAGUCAAUAAAGUCGCUGUCGAAAAUAUUCUGUUCUACCUAAAUGAGUUCGAUUCAUGCAGUACAAGCGCGGUUUAUAGCGUUAUUUGGCACCUCAGUCGCAGUUGCGAACAGCGCGAUUAAUUACUUCGAUGGCAGCGCGCGACAUCUGAGUGGGAAUUUAGUGAAUAUCCGAGGGAUAUCCCAGCAUUAUUUUUCUCCACAUGGUUAUGUCUACGGUGGGAGCUGUUAAGGUAGGUUAACUCGCUGUGAAGUCUCAGCUAAAGCAGAGAACUGAUGACGUUAGGUUGAAUGACCAAUCGGAAGGCGCUGCCCUUUGAAGACAAACCAUUUUACUUGUAGUGGCUGCAUCAAGUCUGGAAGCAAGGACUCAAAUUUAACAGAAUCCACCUUAAAAUCUCUGCCUUUACUCAAGCCCACCUUCCACCAUACUGCGUGAGAAUUACAGGACAAAAAAAAGGAUACAUUUUUGAGAUAAUAACGCAAUAUCUCCUAACCAAGGAGAGAAAGAAACGAACACAACGAAAGGACUCAUUUGGACUUCAGAGAUAGUGCUCUCAAAGCAGAAAAUUUGAUGAUGACCAUGACUGCGAUGGCUGACGGUCUGGAGGCUCAAGACUCGUCAAAAUCUGCUUUCAUGGAGUUUGGACAGCAAUCGCACUCACAACAGAGCUCCCCUUCGAUGGCCGCCAGCCAUUAUCCGCUCCACUGUCUCCAUUCCGGAUCUCAUCAUCAUCAUCAGCACGACAGCUCUCCGUACUCCGGCUCGAACUCCUAUAACAGGUCGCUACCUUACUCCUAUGUAAGCCAUCCCCACCACAGUCCAUACCUGCCGUCCUACCACAGUAACGCCAGCGGAACACAGACCAGGUUAGACGCCACAGAACAGCAGAAAACGACAGUGAUUGAAAAUGGAGAAAUACGUUUCAACGGAAAAGGCAAAAAGAUCAGAAAACCGAGGACGAUUUAUUCCAGUUUGCAGCUCCAGGCACUAAAUCACCGUUUCCAGCAGACUCAGUACCUGGCGCUACCAGAGCGCGCGGAGCUGGCUGCCUCUCUCGGGCUCACACAGACACAGGUAAAGAUAUGGUUUCAAAACAAAAGGUCCAAGUUCAAGAAGUUGUUGAAACAAGGCGGUAACCCUCAUGAGUGUGACCCUUUGCCCGGCUCCAUCGCCCUGUCCCCGCGCUCUCCAGCCAUUCCUCCUAUCUGGGACGUCUCAGCCUCCUCUAAAGGAGUAAACAUGUCUGCUAACAGCUACAUGCCCGGUUACUCACACUGGUACUCGUCGCCUCAUCAGGACGCCAUGCAGAGAUAAACAACUAGCCCUUUUUUAGGCCAGAGGCCUUGUUGUUGACAUCCUGUCUUCGCCCAGUUUACAUGCGCUAGGACGCACAGUGUCAUCGGUUUAACAUCCUUAAUAGAGACAUGUUGUAGCCUAUUAAGGGGACUAUUUCUUUUGAAGAAUGAAGACAUCUGAUGUGGCGAAGGUCGACAAUGGAACUAACUGUCAGUAGCAUCAUAAACGGAUUUAUUAAAAAUCUGUUCUUACGUUUGACUGUAAUCAAACACACUCAUCGCAAACGUGAAAUUGGAACAGGAAGCGAAACGUUGUCAUAUCUCACGCGCUUGAGUCGCAUUUGAAAACGAACUCAAACCUCUUGCAUAAGAUGUUUCUGGUCAUGCAAAUAUCUGAUUGUAAAUAUAUUGUCCGAUUUUAGUUGUCAAAAACUUUUUAUGUUUUGUCAUAAAUGGAGUAAACAUGACUUCAAGCUACGUGUUGUG